AUGAAUGAGAAGCGGUUAACAAGUAGGAGAUACAAGACAGCCUUGGAUGGUGAAGACGGGUUGGUACUUAUUAACUUAUUAAACCUUAUUCACCUUCGGACCUCAAUGGACUGUUUGUCAAAUCAAACAAUGACAAUUUACAUUCACGUGUGGACUUUUGUAUCUGUAUUUAAGGCUGUCAAAAAUGACAUGGAAGGUUUCGUUGUCGGUGGUGAAUAUGCCCAGAUAGCACAGUACCCACAUUCAGUGUUUCUAGAUAUUAAUUGUGGUGAUUCCUAUAUUUGUGGAGGAUCUUUGGUCACGAAUCAUUUGGUCUUGACAGCAGCGCAUUGUCUUUCAUCAUGCAAUUCCGUACGAAGGGACCAUAUUAUUAUAAAGUAUGGGCAUGAAGUUAUAGAUAGAAUGAGGACACAAUCAGUGAGGAAGUAUGUCAAACAUAGGCACUAUAAUGAUGAUACCCUGGUGUUUGAUAUAGCUAUGGUUAUGGCGAGGAACGCCAUUGAACUGGGACGGUUUGUGAAACGAGUCGCUUUGAUGGCGAAAUAUCCAAAGCAGCCGUCGGCUGGCUACAUGGCUGGAUGGGGUGUUGUGAAUUCAGAACAAGAAGAAACUGUUGUACUGAAGGCAACAGUUCAAAAGUUUCAGCCCAAUAAUGUAUGCAGCCUUUUAGGAAAUCUACCAGCUGGUACAUAUUGUGCUGGACCCAUAAGAGGAAGCGGAGCCCCUGACCAGGGUGAUUCCGGAAGUGCAUUCGUGAUUCAAGGGUAUAUUCAAAUUGGUAUAGUAUCCUACAAGAAUCCGCGAUACAGCCUAGUUGUUUAUACUAAUACGACAUACCAUUAUGAUUGGAUAUUAAGAACCGCAGAAAGACUAAAUUGCAAUUAAUAAAUGCUUUAUAACCCUAAGUA